ACAUACUCUUUGGUGGGGUGCUCAAGGCACAGCUAUCAGCCAUCAGCCUCUCCUGGAACUUUUUCUGCAGAGUCACCUCAAUCUUGGCAUGUUCACGGUGUCCCCCUGCUCCGGCUCCAUCGGUCCGUGGGGACAGCAGAAGAUCACAGUGGACUGCUUCGCAGGGCAGGAGGGCAAAUGUGAGGAGCAGCUCUACAUUGACAUCCCGGGCAGAGACCCCAAGGAGAAUCCCCUGGGCAUUCCCUUCACCCUGAUUGCCGAGUCCUGCCUCCCAGGACUUGCUGAGGAUGUGCUGUUAAUCUUCGAGGAGUACCCGAUCUGCAGCAGCACCGACCUCGACCGCAAGAUGCAGUCGGUGAAAGGCACGGGCCUNAGUACAGCAUUGAGCCUGCCUCACCCAUCAACUUUGGAGCCAUGA